AUGGAGCCUCGUGUGAAUAUUGCUAUAGCCAGUAUUGUAUCGGGCGCAGUAAUCCUGACUUGCAUUUACACUGUAGCAUUGCUAGUCGGUCAAAUGAAUUCCUUGUAUGACGAAGUAAUGAAUGAUAUGCAGCAAAUUAAAGCUAUCAACGAAGAUGCCUGGGAUGGAAUGAUGCAGUUGCAAGCCAGAAAAUCGGCUAGCACAAAAAAAAUUUUGCAAAUUCAACAAUUUUUUCUCGGUCAAAUUCGAAGGACGAAGCGAGAGUUGUCUGUACAGUGUGAAUGCGCUCAUCGUCCAAAUCGAUGUCCACCGGGCCCUGAAGGUCCACCUGGAGAAAAAGGAGAACCUGGAGGCUUGUUUUUUUCGAGUGCUAUUCACAAUAUGAAUGCAUAUUUUGAUCCAGGCGAGCCAGGAACACCAGGUAUUCCCGGGGCUGCCGGUAUUGUUGGAAUCUUAAAUCUGCCGCAACCAGGCUGUGUACAAUGCCCAGCUGGGCCGAUAGGUCCACCAGGCCCUGUUGGGCAACCAGGUGAGAUUGGACGUCCUGGGAAACCUGGUGCUGAUGGGAAACCUGGAAGAGACGGUACACCAGGGCCACCGGGGCCACCGGGCGAUGUCGGUGAACCAGGUGAUACGUUUGUAUUAUAA